AACGGGUACGAGAGCGCCAGCAACCAGGCACUUGCCACGGCUCUCUCGCAAUUAGUGUUCAAGGAGAAGGGGGUGCUGAGGGCACAGAACAUUCGCCACCGCCCCAAGGGCCAGAAGACGCCUCCGGAAGCGAACACCGUCAUGGAUGACGUCGUGUACAGCAUCGAGGUGGAGAUUCUGAAGGAUGGCCAAUGGGUGCCCUUUGACGCCGACGACUUGCAGCUGGAGUUUGUUCUCAUCGACCCGUUUGCACGCACCAAGCUGGUCAAGAAAGGUCAGAAGUGCGAGUCCCAAUUCAAGGUUUUGGACGUUUACGGUGUGUACCAGUUCAAAGUGGACUACAACCGUGUCGGCUGCACGCAUCUCUACACUACCACUCGGGUGCCUGUGCAGCCGCUGCAGCACACGCGGUACGAGCGCUUCAUCCCGUCGGCGUACCCUUACUGCCUGAGCGCCUUCUCCAUGAUGUUCGGCAUGUUCCUACUCAGCUGCGUUUUCCUCUACCAUAAGGACGCCCCCAAGACCGAGUCGGACUGAGCAACCGAGUCGCACCCAGGGUCACCAUCGUUCAUUCCCAUUCAGAGCUGCCUCCGACGUCACCACCAUCUCGCACGGGCAAGGCUGUUUUUUUUU